GAAUUAUUUAAGAACGAACACCCGUGCUUCCGGUAUCGGUUGUUUUGAAUUUGAAAACGCUAACAGUUUACAAAUAUCCCAUUAGGAAAUAGUUUAUUUAAUAUAGCCUUAUGCUGUUAAUUAAACUUGCCGGCAGUGUUUAUUUGGGGCUUGGUACCCUUGUAUUAUUUCCUUAGCAUUAGCCCCUCUUUUCUUCGGGUUUAUUAUUUGAGUAUCAGACAUGUCCACCCUAUUCCCGUCAUUAUUUCCAAGAAUAACCGAAGCUCUCUGGUUUAAUUUGGACCGGCCCUGCGUGGAUGAAGCCGAAUUGCAUCAGCAAGAGCAGCAGCAUCAAACCUGGUUGCAGAGCAUUGCUGAAAAAGACAACAACCUGAUGCCCAUUGGGAAACCAAUCUUUGAUACAGGUUAUGAGGAUGAAGAAGAAGAGGACGAUGAGGAUGAGGAAGACAGUGAGGAAGAUUCAGAAGAUGAAGAGGACAUGCAAGACAUGGAUGAAAUGAAUGACUACAAUGAAUCACCUGAUGAUGGCGAGAUUAAUGAGGUGGAUAUGGAAGGACCAGAUCAAGAUCAAGACCAAUGGAUGAUUUGAAGUCUGUAGACUUUCAUUUAUCAAUGACAAUUAUCUGCUCAUUUGUACUGAAUUACUGAAUGGAAUUUUUAUAACCUUUCUUGAAAAAGUGUGAAGCAACAGUGGUCUCCAGGCCUGUAGAUCAUGUGGCAUCACUACUUACACUUUGAACAGCUGACCUUGCAUGAACAAAAGUAUACUCAGCAAAAUAAUUUGUUACUUAUAAAGAACUUACACAUUUUUUAUGGCAGCAAAGGUGCAAAUGCAAACAGGUGUAUUUUAUUAUUAUUUUGUAGGUAUAAGCAAUUAAAUUAUCACAAUUACAACAUGA